GAUUACUUUUCGCCUGAACUAGAAGAUAUUAUUGAGAAUGGAUAUCUUGAAGAUAAUUAUGAACAGUGUCAAACAAGUCUUAAGAAUAGUAAGAUUAAUAAAGAAGAUAAGAAUAUUGCUUUGCUCUUAUCAAUUAAACUAAGUGAACCUAACCAACUUUCAACAUCUAAAAGCACUUUACAUGUAGUUGAUUUUCAAUACUUGUUACAUUUUUGUGUAGAUAAUGUACUUACUCCUGCUUUAAAGAAAUCU